AAUGCAGGCCGUCGGAAGCGCUUGUGAUCAAAAACUCCACUCAUCACAUAAUAAAUUAAACAAAGAAUAAAAUUCAUUUGAAUUUUCUUUAUAAAUUAAAAUAACUUUAAUCAUGCGCUUUAUGGGAAUUUUAUUUAAACUCGUUUGAAACUUAAUAUUUAUUGUAACCUUUUUGGAGGAACAGUUAAAAUUGUAGAAAAAGAAGAAAAAAACAUGAAAAUAUUUUCCUGGCCAAAAGGGCUUCAUACAGUUUUGCAGUGACUAUUUUUUGAUCCAUUUUUAAUUUUUCUGUACAUUAUGACGUUCAAUAUAAUUUCACUGUAUAAAAAGACAUGGCCCGGAAACAAAUUUGGAGUGUCCUUUUUACAUGAUUCAAUUCACUGUGAACAUUGUUUGAAGGGUAAAAUUCACAUUUCACGGCAACUCAAGAAUCAGACCCAAAUCCAAGGUUAUAAUCCUCCUAGUGUUGAAGAUCUCACAAAAAGUUGUUUUUAUCAAAGUCAUUUGAAAUCAUUUGCCGAGAUCAAGCACAAUAGCAUUCCAGAAAGUUCUUUUUCGACUCUUGGUCUGAAAGUAACUAAAUCGGUAGCAGCUAAAUUAAAUCAACGUUCUGUUGAAAAAGACAUUAAAAGUCCUUUAGUAAAUCACUAUCAUAAACGAAGUGUUCUUAAAUCUAUAAAAUGUCCACGCAAAUCUAACGAUUGUGAAAACAAAAAUGUAAAAAAAUCUUCAAAAGCUGAAAACCAAGAACCUGUUCAUGAAGGCUUACAUAACAAUUAUUUCCCUCCAUCAAAAGUUCCUUUAGUAAAAGAAAAUAAAGGUGUGAAAAAACAGAAGAUUCCUAACAGCAAGCCAAUAUCGUCUUCAAAAUUGAUAGAAACUGUUAAAGAGCCUACCAAAGGGACCUUGAAGAGGAAAAGGUGGACUCUACAAAAAUUGAAGCAAAGUAAUCUAAAUUAUGAAGAUGAUCUUUUUGAAAAUCAGAAGUUUUGUAGCUUCGAAAGCAUAGUUGAGGAUAAUAGUGAUACUGAAAAAUAUGAAGGUAUGAGAACACCCCAGAUCAAUUUAUCUCCUGUUAGAGAUGGUAGCAAUACUCCAACAUGUAAUGAUUGCUACAGUCCUGGUGAACUGUUUAGUCAUAGGAAAGAAGCAGAAGAGUACAUUUUCAGAAGAGAAAAACGAAGAAAAAUGAAACUUCAAGAUGAAAGAAGUAGUAGCGAACCUUCACCAGAAAAACCUAUCAACACAGAUGCUUAUACUAUAGAUAUAUUGGAAAACGCAAGCAAAAUUCUUAAUAAAAUAUUUAAGGCAAAGGAAUGUGAGAAAGAAUCAGAUGAAGAUGAAUAUUUUACAGAUGUUUCAGAUAACUCUGAUUAAUAUUGUAAAAUAGAUAAGUUUAUUUAUGUACAUACGGCAUUGUAUUAUGUUAGUUCAUAAUGUUUAUUCAUGAAAUUUUCAUAGUGUUUAUUCACUGACUGUUCCAUUUUAUUUAUUGAUUUUAAUUAAACAUAAAUAUUUUACUCGGAAUUUGUAAAUAAUACUUGAUGAUUCUUAAAUGAUGUAUUUUACGACAUCGAUAAACCUAUUUUUAAGAAUAAAAGAAUUAAGAAGAAUAUAAUCUUAAUCUUGGCAAUAACAAUAUAAUAUUCAGUUUUAUUUAUUGAUUUUAAUUGACAUUAAUAUAUUUUACAAUUAAAGAAACAAGUUUUUAUCAUAUUAAUUUAAUAAAUGCAAUUUUUGUAAAUAAACUUUUUAUAAUAUUUUUACCUUCAAUAGCAUGUAUUUAUUUUUGGAAUAAAAUUUUAAAGUUA